CGCAGUCCGCUCAAUGACACUUGUCCACUCGCGCGCUUGCCUUGCGCGGAGAAAAUAUAGUCCGAAGGUAGAACCGCACCUGCUCUCGGUUCAUAUCGAAUGAGACGACUGACGGUUGGUCGCUUCUGAGCAGUGCAUCCGAAGCCAGGAAGACAGUGACGACGGAGGGAAAGGAGGAGCUAUGACGCGCUGUGACGUGCUGUGAUACUAAGGGUAGAAUGUUUCAACCCGCAUGCAUUCGUGCUGCACGGAAAUUCGAAGCCCAAGUAUAGGCGUUCGCGCGUCGCUUCCUUGGCCCUGCCCACUACGGCGCGCGCAGCUGGCCGACUUCCCGUGCGCGCGAGAAGAGAAACCGCCAGCAGGGCUCACGCCUAAGCAAACAGUCACUUAGUGGGUUUGCGUAUUGGGCAGAUGACAGCAGCCGGAUCUUCGACGUUGGCAGUGGCGUCAGACAGUUCUCGUACAAGACGUCCGCGAAGCACGCCGCGCUGACAUUCUGCUGCACAACCAUGACUCGAAGAGCGUUCCUGUCGCUGGUCGUCACAGCUGUAUUUCUGAGCGCCAAGGCUGAGGACGGCAACGAAUGCAGCUGCGUCGUGAUGCUAGAGCAGGAGGGCACCGAACCGGCCCAGCUCUACAAGGAGAGCACCUCCAUUGUGGGCAGCUUGUGCACCGAUGCCGACUUUGAGUUCUGCAGCCAGUUCUGCAAGAAAGAGAUGUCGGCGUUCACAGGCAAGCUGGAUGCGAUGUUUGCACCCACGAACGUGUCGGUUGGCCAGAGCCUGUGCGACAUGGCCAAGAAGCCGGUGACCGGUGGGCUCGUCAAGCUGGCUGCCUUCGUAUGCGAUCAGGACGCGCGGGAUAUUGACGCGCAGCAGCCGCACAAGCUCUGCUGCGACAAGAAGGUGCGCUGGGAGUCCUGCAAAAGCGGCAGCAGCAGCGGUAGCGGCAGUGCGGGGACCACAACUCCCCGAGCAUAGCUGUUGUAAGCAGCGGAACGUAGAGCCUCCGAUAUCCGCAGCCUGGAACAUCUCGCCGUGCCGCGUAUCUCGGAAGCCGCGCGGCUUCAGCGCGUCUGCUCUGAAGACACCUUCUACGUAACACGGCGCCCCUUUUUUUUUUUUUUUUUUUUUUUGCACUCAUUUCUCUAUCUCCAUGCCAUUUGGAUUGACGUUCCUAUUGCCAAGCCCGGCAUGACGAAAGCAUGAAUGCAAAAGCAUUCAUGGUCGCGAUCAUACGACAACCGAUUCAAACAGCACACCGUCACACCACUGAAGUUGCUGGGUUUGCGUUAUCUGGGAGGGCGUUGGAACAGGUCCCUGCAAGGCGGAAGACUCUCGACUGUUAUCAUGCAUUUCCCCGGGAUACUUCAGAUCAUACGUAACGGCACUACUCUUCUAUGUCUUGCGUAAUCCGCGUGAAGAACGUGCGACUGCCGCUUGCGAUAAUGGAGACAAUAGACGCGACGCCGGAGCAAAGUCAAGUUACCGAAGUUAGCAGACAAAAAAUAGUGUAGGGGUACAGACUAUAGCACACACACACAAAAAAAAAAAGCAGAGGUCACUCGGCUGUUGUCUGCAGUGGUCAUGCAGCUGGCCUAUAUUUUGCUGCGAUAGGCCAUAUAUACGUACGCACGUUCUCUGUGUCUGUAUCCAUUAUUGGGUGGGCCACAACUGCAGCCUCUGAUACAGCAGUGCGCAGAAUCACUGACCGUGGACAAUGAUCCGAUAGGUUUUGUGUGAUAGAGUCCUUCGGGCCAACGGUCAUCACAUGCUGCUCACUGAACCGGCUGACAAGCCAAACUUCGAUGCGCCAAGACAUCGUGGGCUCGCUUCCGAUCCAGUAAAUGUUUUGCGAAAGUGCA